UGACGGGGCGUGGCUUCUGGCUCCGCCCCCUUCCGCGGGCUCAAAGAGGACGGCGGCCGCGGGGGCGGGGUCAGAACACGGGUGGCCGAUCCCAGCGCCGGUCUUUGGGGCCAGCCACCGAGCAGCGCCUCGGCGGGGCCGAGCAGGCACCAUGGAGUCCUUCAAGGUGGUGCUGGAGGGGCCGGCACCUUGGGGCUUUCGGCUGCAGGGGGGCAAGGACUUCAAUGUGCCCCUCUCCAUCUCCAGGCUCACUCCUGGAGGCAAAGCUGCACAGGCAGGCGUGGCUGUGGGUGACUGGGUGCUGAGCAUCGAUGGGGAGAAUGCAGGGGGCCUCACACACAUUGAAGCCCAGAACAAGAUUCGUGCCUGCGGGGAACGCCUCAGCCUGGGUCUCAGCAGGGCCCAGCUGACUCAGAGCAAACCGCAGAAGGCCCUGGCCCCUGCCGCGGACCCCCCGCGGUACACCUUUGCACCCAGCGCCUCCCUCAACAAGACGGCCCGGCCCUUUGGGGCGCCCCUGCCCGCUGACAGCGCCCUGCAGCAGAAUGGACAGCCGCUCCGGCCGCUGGUCCCAGACGCCAGCAAGCAGCGGCUGAUGGAGGACACGGAGGACUGGCGGCCUCGGCCCGGGACAGGCCAGUCCCGUUCCUUCCGCAUCCUUGCCCACCUCACGGGCACCGAGUUCAUGCAAGACCCGGAUGAGGAGCACCUGAAGAAAUCAAGGGCCUUGAAUGGCAGAUCUUGCAGCCAGGUGCCCAGGACAGAAGUCCCAGCCCCAGCCUCAGCUACACUCCAGGAACCCUGGCCUGCCCAGGCAGGCCCUACCACACUCAGCCCCACUAGCCGCCCACCCUGGGCUGUGGACCCCACAUUUGCUGAGCGCUACGCCCCGGACAAGACCAGCACAGUGCUGACCCGGCACAGCCAGCCAGCCACGCCCACGCCUCUGCAGAACCGGACCUCCAUCGUGCAGGCGGCCGCUGGAGGGGGCACAGGAACAGGAGGUGGCAACAACGGCAAGACUCCUGUGUGUCACCAUUGCCACAAGGUCAUCCGGGGCCGCUACCUGGUUGCGCUGGGCCAUGCAUACCACCCCGAGGAAUUUGUGUGCAGCCAGUGUGGGAAGGUCCUGGAAGAGGGCGGUUUCUUUGAGGAGAAGGGUGCCAUCUUCUGCCCACCCUGCUAUGAUGUGCGCUAUGCACCCAGCUGUGCCAAGUGCAAGAAGAAGAUCACAGGCGGCACGAGAGGACAGAAACUUUGAAGGAUAAUUCACCACGCCUGGAGGGCAUAGGACUAUGGAAUGCCAGAGCCAGAAAUCCAGACAGAAGUUUGUGAUUCAAAAUCCUGUUCUUCCCACUGAGGCUAAAGACGCGGCAGACCCUGGCCAUGUUUUCUGCAGGGCAGCCCAGCUGCCAACAGGAGCCAGGCUUGGGACUUGGCUCGGUGUGUCAGGAGCACAGAGUGACGGGCCAUCUACCUUCGCCCGUUCGUUCUGUUUAUUUGUGGACAUUGUGCCAGAUAGUGUGCCCCAUGCCCAAGGAUGCCUCAUGAGGGAACAGGUUUGGGCCCUGCCCCCAGGAGCUCAUACUAAGUGGGGAGGACUCAGAGGGUGUCAGGUGGUCAAGGGCACAGCUAGAGGAAAAGGGGGCGGAACUGGCAAGGUGGAAAGCUAACGGGGUUCCUGUCACACAUAUGUGGAAACUGAAGCCCAGAGAGGGGCAGAAACUGCCCAAGGCUGCAGAGCAUGAGGUCUGGGCUGGAGCAGCCCCGGGCACUGUUGACUCCCAGCUUGGGCUCUUCCUGACAUUUCCUGCUUCUCCUUAUUUCUGGAUACAGAGGCAGAGCUGCCAGAUGUGGCCAGAUAGCUCUGUGGUGAUGUUCAUUUUAAUAAGGAUUACCCUGACCAUGAGCGAUAGAAAAUUCAAAAUAGCAGCAGCUUAUUGCCCACCUAAGAAAGUCCAGGGGUGGGCAGUCUGGGACUAAUGGGCAGAUCUAGGUUUCUGUAUCUUGUUUCUUGGCCAUUGUCAGCACAGGCUUAACACUCUUAGUUCAAGAUGCCUCAUGAGCCUUGGCCAACAUUGUUAUGUUUCAGCCAUGAAAUGGGAAGGAGGAAGGGGAAGAAGGGAUGGAAGGCCCAUGGCAGCCAUCUUGAGAACAUGCUGCCACCCAACCCUGAUGCUUCCGUCCCAUUGGCUGGAUCUCAGUCACAUGACCAUAGUCCCAUGACCAUACUGAGCCACAAGAGAGGCUGGGAAAGACAGUCUAUUUGGGGCAGCCAUGUACCCAGCCAGAAAGGGAGAUUGUAUCAGUAGAUAGGAAGGGAGAAUGGAUAUUAUCAGAGUCUUUGUCCUUGUAAUGACAGUUUGUGUUGUGGGGUACUUACAGUGUGUGGGGCAUCCAGCCUCACAGUCCUACACGUAGGAAGUCAGUGUGGUGAUUCCCAUCUUCUAGAUGAGGGAAUUUUGCCCCAGAUCACAGUCGUUUCCCUGCCUGCUUGGGCCACACCCCAUUGGGCUGUUCUAAGAGAAUGGGCUAGAUCCCAGGACCUUUCUUGAGCUGGGCGUCUACAAAUUAAGGCCCUACUUGUCGAUGACUGCUCUGUCUGCGUUACACUGCAGUCUUGUCCUGCUGCACCCCUGCCCUGAGUGGACAGGGUUAUCACCCAGGCCACAGAUGAGGAGCCAAGCUUAAUAGGGCCUGGCUGGCUCCCAGGUCCUGGAGUAAGCUUUGGGUGGCAAACCCUCUCCUGCCCCAGCCCAGGCUAAUGUUCCACAGAGGCCCAGGGACCCUUAGCUUCCCCUCUUCCAGGGACUCAGGGCCUGACACACUCUGGGAAGCCCCCACCUCACCCUGGGAGAAAGUGGGGGGAAGCUUACCUCCCCAACCUGUCACGGGUUCAGUUCCCAUCUGUGCCCAGAGCUCAGAACUCUGCCUGCCCUGGGACAUCAGUAUGGAGCAUAGGGAGAGAAACCAAGGGCAAUCAGAUUUUUUCAGUGGAGUUGGAGGGAAGCUGCACAGCGCAAGGGACACAUUAGAGGGGACCUAUCAGAGGGGACCUACCCAGGUUUGGGAGCCCUCAGAAACCCUGUGCUUUUUAAGGUUCACCUCUCACCACUUGUCCCUCUCCAGUGCUAUGGCCAUGUGGCCCAUCUCAUUUUGCCAGUUGCUGUUUCCCUUACCCCAGGGCCCUUGCACAGUCUGUCCUCUCUGCCAGGAAUACUAUUUUAGCACCCUCUUUACCUUGCCCCUUCUCAUUUGGGACUCCUAACAUUUCCUCAGGAACACCUUCCCUGAUACCCACCCUUUCCACCAGACCAAGUCCCCCACAGUUUGCUCACUAUUCCACAGUCCUCUUGUCCCAUCUUUUCCCCAGGUGUGAACUCCAUGGGCUGGGACCAGGGCUGGUCUGCUUUAUAUUGUGCUCCAGAUAGAGGAGGUGAUCAGUAAAUGUUUGAAAGAAUGGAUAGAAGUAGCCUCUAGGCUGAACUUUAAAAAUGAAUAGGAAUUAGCUUGGAGAAGGAUCAGGAGAGAACACUCCAAGCAGAAGGAAUAGCUUGUGUCACAAGGUAACACCUGGGAAGGGUGCGAGAUGAGGCGGAAGAGGUGAGCGGGGGCUGUGUUAGGAGUUGGGAGCUGGGGCUGAUGAGGUCAGCCGUGCUGCAGCAAGCUUCCUCUGGGCAAGGGGAGACAGCUGGAGAAGGGAACAGGCUGCUGGGGCCCAGGUCAGGACGGUGGAGAGGGGAGAGGCAGACAUGUUUAGGAAACUAGGGCAUUAAAUACUGAUAACUGGCUUCCAGGUUCUUCUGAAUACCAGCAGAAAGCUGCCUCCCUGCUCACACACACACUGGACCCUGCUCUGGGCUACCUGUGCUCUUGCCCAAGCCCCCUGUCCCACCAGCUCACAACCAGGUUCCUUCCCCUGGAGGCUUUGUCCACUUCUUGAAAAGAGGCAGCACCAGGCAGUGGGAAGAGCAGCUUUGGCGCUAGCUAGACUUGGGCAUGAAACCCAUUUCUGCCGUCUGUUGACUCUGUGACCUGCUGCAGGUCACUUUCCCUGGGCCUCACUCAAAUGGUGGCAGACACUUCCUGGCCAGGGUGGUUGUGAGGUAUAUGUGAGAUGUGACAGAGGUGCAGAGGGCACCCACAGGCCAUCGGAGAGCCAGAUGCUGCCUAUGUGUCCUGCUUGGUCUACGCUUGCAUUGUAAAUUCAUGGGCAAUAUUUGAAAGUCAGAUUUCACUUUAACACCUAGAUUUCAACCUGAGCCUUCUAGGCAUUCCUGCAUGAACUGCUCAGCACCGUCCCUACAGGCAGAGACAGGUGCUCCCCAACACCACCUUGCCCUGUGGAGUAUACUACCGGGCCCCAGCAGGCAUGGGGUCUGGGACCCCCAGCUUCAAAUGUGGGGCCAUCCUUAAAACCUGCCAGGGUGGGAUUAGGUUCCCAGUUCACAAGAGAAGCAGCCAAGUGUCAAGAGAAGGUAAUGCCGUUGGCCAAGUUAGCCAGCUAAGCAGCAGGGUCUGGUUGGACCCCCAGAUCUGACCCACCUCGAGGCCCCACAUUGCCCUCUGCCUGCUCUAGAUCUGAAUGCUGCUGGCCCUGGUUGGCCCCAGGGGCCCCAGGAUUGACAGCCCGGGCCCCGCGACAGCACAGACCCUUCCUGCGCCUCGGCCUCGUCCCCAGGCCAUUGGAGCAGGUUAGCUCACGGACAUUUGUUGACGAGCACCCACAGAAAUGGGCACCGCUGCGGUGUUUCAGCUACUAGAACGGUCAUGUUCCAUUCCCUCCCGGGCCUUACAUUUGAGCAGGAGGAAGGGAGGAGAGGAAAUGCUAAGCAAUAGACACAGUAAGUAAAUCACCUGGUACUGUGUUAGUAAAAGCUGGUGAGUGAUGAGAACAGAGUUAAAGGUAUUAGGAACAUGGCAUUGGAAGAGCAGAUUGGAAGUAUUAACUGGUGUUGUCAGAACAGGCGUCUGGAGAAGGGGACAUUGGAGCAGAAACUGGAAGCAGUGAGGUGUGAGACUUGGGACAUACCUGGGGUAGACAGUCCGGGCAGAGGGGACAGCAGGUGUGAAGCCCCUACACCGGCGUGCCUGGUGCAUCAACCAUGGACAAGAGGCCACGUGGGGAGAGCAGUGGGUACAGAGGCCAGAGGGAAAUGGAGCAUAGGCAGGGAUUCAAGCAGAGGGGAAUGUGGACUCGUUUAGCUUGACAUCCGUCUCUAGGGGCAGAAGGAGGAUUUCAGGUGAGAUUUGUGCAGUCAUCCAGGCCAGGGAUGCCCGAGGCUCCCAUGUCCGCAUCAGGGAGGCAGUGGGAAGUGGUUGGGAUCUGGGUGCAUAAAGGUGGACCCAACAGGGGUUCCUGGCCGCCUUGGUGUGGUGUGUGAGAGAAAGAGGGGCAUCUCAGCUGAGCAGAUUUGAAGGAUGGAGUUGCUGUCAACUGAGCUAGGGACAGCUGUGGGAGAGGCAAGUUUGGGGUACAGAGGUAAGGAGCCAAGCUUUGGACGUGGCAAAUCUGAAAGGCGUAGCGGCCAUCCAAGGGGAGAUCGUGGGGCUGGAGGUAGAGCGGGACUUGGGGGUGUGCAGAUGUAACAUUUACCAUAGGAAGGAAGAGGGCCCACGGCCAGCCUUCCUGUGU